CAAAGUAGCCAGGUAACAACUAACUCACGACUUAGCUGACAGAACCUCGAGAGUAUCCUCCAACACGUCCUCACGCUAUGAAUGCUGGACCAAGACUGGAAAAUGGACGCGACCCACAGUUUGGGAACCGCUGGCGUAAGGGAAGAAGCGAUUCAAAUAUGCUUCAAUUGUACCCUUAAUUGAUUUUUCAAUAUUGCAGGCAUCAGGAGGACCCCAGGCUGUGGAUGCAUUGUUGAAGCUUGUCAAAGAUGUUGAGAACGGGAAUCACGAUAAUGGUACAGCUGUGCAGGAGGAGGAGCAAGAGUUGACCCUGGCUGAGAAAAUGAAAGAGAAAUGCAAGAAAAUUGAUGGAUUUAUUUGGCAACUCAGACGGAAGAAGUUGAUGGUAGAUGAAAAAAAUCGUUUGGCAAAGUAUGAAAUUGGCGAGCGACGACCCGAUGGAGGGGCGGGAAAGGUGCUCAUGCUCUUCGGUGCCAGAGGAGCAGGGAAGAGAACUCUCAUCAACGGGAUGGUGAAUUAUGUGUAUGGAGUAAAGUAUGAAGACAAUUUCCGCCUGAAGUUGAUCACAGAUGAAGAAGAUAAGAAGUCCCAAGCUCACAGUCAGACGAAGUGGAUCACAGCAUACGUCCUACACAAGCAGCAGGGAUUCGCACUUCCUCAUACCUUGACGAUCAUUGAUACCCCAGGAUUUGGAGAUUCUGAUGGCAUCAAAGCAGAUGAAGAACUGAGGAAUCAGAUAAGGGAGUUCUUCUCCAAUGAGGGCAACAUCGGUGUGGAUCAGCUUGAUGGAAUCUGCAUCGUUGUCCAGGCUUCCAUUCCUCGACUGACAACCACUCAGAAGUACAUGUUCGAUUCCAUAUUGUCAGUGUUUGGAAGAGAUGUUGAAGAUAACAUCUACGUGCUGACCACAUUUUCGGACAGCAAACAGCCACCUGUCCUGGAAGCUAUCAAACAUGCAGAAAUCCCCUAUCAAACCCUUUUCAAGUUCAAUAAUUCUGCUCUUUACACUCGUUGUAAUGACGAGGAUGAAGUUGAUUUCGACAAGUACUUCUGGGACAUGAGCGUCAACGACUUUCGUAGAUUUUUUGGAAGGCUUUUGAAAUCGAAACCAGUUAGCCUGACACCGACAAAUGGAGUGUUGGAGGAACGGCGACACUUGCAAGCUGCACUUCAGGGCAUCCAACCGCAAAUAAUUGCAGUGAGUGGAAUCAAGAAGCGAGAUGGAAAGGCCGUCGGUCCCCACGAAGCGGAAUUCCCACCAGCCAUCGGAAGACAGCUCAGAAUUACUCCAGCGCGCUUAGUGCGAGUUCUCUUGAAGUUAUAG